UAAAUCUCACACCGCUGCCGACAACCACCGUUUUUUUUUUACAUAUCACGGCUUUACGUCGACGAUGGUAGUCGACUGGGACGAUCGUCCUGAAGAAGCAGAAAAGGCGGAGCAAGAUUAUAACCUCAAUUUCAACUUUCUUUCUCUUGUUUCCAAGGCAAAGGAUUAUUAUAAGAUAUUGGAAGUUGAUUACGAUGCUACGGAGGAUGCUAUUCGUUCCAAUUAUAUCCGUCUUGCACUGCAUCCAGAUAAGCAUAAGGACGAUGAGAAUAACGCCACUUCAAGAUUUCAAGAGAUAAACGAGGCUUAUCAGGUUCUAAUUGAUCCAGUCAAAAGGAGUGAAUAUGACAAGAAGGGGAUGUUGUAUGCAUAUGACUAUGACAUAAUUGAGUACUUUAACCGUUACAAAGGUCUUCUAUUAACACGUAAUGGUCUUGGGGUUAGGCAAUCAAUUUGGUAAGCCCUGACUGGAGGAACCGAGGUCCUUUCUGUUUAUUGUCACCAUGCUCAAACUUAGAGAAAACCAGAUUUUUUGAUGCUACAAACAUUGCAGUUGAGGACGAGAACAAGCUUCGAUGUAUUACAAGGUCAUGUUAUAUAACGGUUGUGAAUACGAAGCAGAGAAAUUCACGUAAUCUGUAACAUCUUAUGCUUGUCUGCCUUGUGAGGGUAUGACUAGUCGUCAAAUGCAUGCUUGCAGCUUGUUAAUUUGGUAGCGUUGUAGGCAUUAUUUACACUCUAGGUAGGAACUUAGGAGCAAAUAUUUAUGGAACCAAUUUACUAUUACUAGCUAGUUAAUGCGAUGGCCAGGGCUUUUCUAU